AGUCCGAAAUUACUGAAAUACUACACAAAUUGAAAAUGGCUGAAGCCAACCCAGAUGUCGUUGACGGUGAAGAAAAGAAACUUUCAGAUAUUUUUUUAAGUGGAUGGAAUCUCUUUGACGAGCUGGAGGUAACCGAUCUGCCUUUCAAUGGCGCUCCAUUUCAGAGUAAAGUAAAAGAAGCAAUGGGUUAUUUCGAACAAGCGACUGUAAUUGUCAAUCAAGUGGGAAUGUUCAGUCCUAAUGAACUUAUUGACGAGGUAUCAACGGAAUCGCUGCCCUUCAUGCUCUUGCCAUAUUUCCUGGGGAAACUUACCACGAAGAUCAACAAUCCAAAUGGUAUAGAAGCCAUAGAGCUAGGAGAAGUCUACUUUAAAGACCAUCUGCAACGUUGCCAAGAGUACGAGCUCUGUGAAGCGCCUAAGAGCAAGGCGCAGCAGGACGGAAAGACGGAUGCUGCGCAGCAGAAAAGCGAACAACGCGAACUGAUUGAGGCUGCAUACAAUCGCAAUGAUAAAAUUGCACAAUAUCGGAAGAUGAAGGAAAUUGACGAGUAUAUGACUCGGUUGCGCGCUGCUGUUAAGAACAAAGCGGUCGAUGAUGAAGUCCGACGUGAAUUCUUUUUAAAAUAUUUAGAUAAGAGCAUCAUAGAGGCCAAGCAGGAGCUGGAGAGUCUUCGUCUGAUGAAAGAAAUGGCUAAGAUGCGCCUAGCACGUAUGCAAGCCGGCGAACAAAAGCCUCUAGAAAACUCUACAGCAUAUCAGCAGACGAAUGCUCCUGACAUUGGCCACAAACAUGGACAUCACCAUCAUCAUCAUGCAGAACCGAAACCAAAGCCACUACAACCUUUUAUUAUAACACGCAAUGAGACACAGAAGGCAGUCUUCGGCUUAGGCUAUCCCAGUGUACCGAUCAUGACCGUCGAUGAAUUUUACCAGCAGCGCGUUGACGAGGGCAUCUUUCCCGACGAGCAAAAAAUGGCAAAGAUAAAUCAGGAGAAGGCCAUUGCUGCCGCACAAGAUCCCAACGAGAAGGAAGACCAAGAGAAGGCAGCCAUAGAACUUCAAGUGGAGGAUGACGAUCCAGAGUAUUUAGCGCGUAUGCGACGCAUGGACGAGUACAAGGAUGUGGUCCGUCGUGGAGAUGGAAAUCGUCAUAAUCGUAGUUGAACUACUUAUCACACUCAACUCAUUAAUAUACAUUACAUUGAACAAAAUUAAGUAUUUUGUAUGUUUAUAUAUAAAACAAG